UUAAGAUGUGCACUCCAUCACAUCACCUUCUCCUUCGUCAUUUUCCUCAGUCUUAGGCCUUUGGAUGUGGAGUUCAUGAGACGUCUUAGUAAGGUGGUGAACAUCGUUCCUGUCAUCGCGAAGGCUGACACCCUGACUCUGGAGGAGAGGGACUUCUUCAAAAAGAAGAUCAGGGAAGAGCUUCGAGCCAAUGGGAUUGAUGUCUACCCACAGAAAGAGUUCGACGAGGAUGCAGAGGAUAGAACAAUCAAUGAGAAAAUAAGAGAGAUGAUUCCUUUCGCAGUUGUAGGAAGUGACCAGGAGUACCAGGUCAAUGGGAGAAGACUACUGGGAAGGAAAACAAAAUGGGGAACCAUUGAAGUUGAGAAUAUUGCCCACUGUGAGUUUGCCUACCUGCGGGACCUCCUCAUAAGAACUCACAUGCAGAACAUUAAAGACAUCACCAGCAGCAUCCACUACGAGAUGUACCGAGUCCGCCGGCUCAACGAGAACAACACUCAAGCCAACGGCCUCGGCGAGCACCAUCCGGCCUGCCACGAAAUCUAGCUCCCCAUCCAAACGACCCCUCCACCCCCACUCCUCGCUCCUCUCCAAUCCCCAAUCCUCCAUUCACCUCACGCUCUGUCCCGCCCCCGUCCUUCAGCCAUGGCCUGAGGUGAAGAGGUCCAUCUAGAGAAGCACAUAAUGACUUUACCUCCCAGAAACUCCAGCACAGUGCCCUUAAACCCUCCCGCCCACUGCAUGGGCACCGGAGGGCCGCAGAGGUCAGAAAUCCAGCCGCUAAAGAGCUUCUCCAUAUACUGCAUGCGUUUGACUCGAUCUGCUGAUGCUCCAGGUCUGUGUCUGUGUGCAGAGGCUGAUUAUGAGGCCGCUUCUGAUUGGUCAAAAGCUCGUCACAUGCAUCCCUCUUCCUUUUGAUAUUUACAGGAGAUUGCUCAGAAGGCUCCUUUCUAUGUGAUUUGUUGAAAGCUCUCUUAAUAUUUAUGCUUCACUUUGAGCGGAUAAGUCAUCUUCUGAAACCAGAGCUGGUGUGGCAGCACCAUUAUAAAACUACAGGUUAUCUGAUGUCUUUCCCUCCAAAAUGUCUAAUGGUUGCCUAUGGCAUUGUGGAGAACCUGGUGUGCCGUUGUUCCUGUCACAUCUGUGCAAAUAAUUACAGGAUCCCUGGUACCGUAUAAAAACCGUCAUGAUUGAAAUUACAGCUUUGGGAUUUGCGUUGGAAAGAUUAUUCAAACUGAAUAGUAUUUAUGUCGAUUAAAUGGGAUUGUUAUGUUCUUAUUUAGUGCAGAAUGUGCCCUGAACUGGAAGGAGAAUCACAGUUGGUUCAAUAGGCUUUUAAUGAAUCAUUUAAUUUAGUGUACACACCGUUUUUAUCAGUGCCGUUUAUCUGAAACCUUCCUGACCUCCUCGUUCUCUUCCAGUCAUGCCAAAAAUGUGGAAGUCUGCACCAUCUUUUGUCAGUUUAAGUGUCUUGUUUUGUCUUCGCCUCGAGGAAAGGGCCUACAGGAGAGGGAACUCAAAGUGCCUUAAAGCUGCCUGCCACAUCUGAUGAGGAGCCACUUUUAAGAACGGCGAAAUUCCUCCGGCUUUGUUCUUUGUCUGCAAGCCCCUUUAUAAAUGCUCGUCAUUGGGAAAACACCUUCGUUUUGUCCUGUGCUGUAUAUUCAAAGUGAUUACAUUUUUGUAUUGGCAUUCAGAGUAACACAAAUAACUUUGAUAUCCUGUUAUUUUAAAGAAAUAAAGAUUUAAAUGCUAAAUAAUUA